CUAGACGAAAAAGACAGACAUAAAAAUAAGUCCCCUUCUAUUUGUUUGGAGCAUAAACAAAAACAGACACAGUUUCUUCUCUCUCUCUCUCUGUCUCUUUCCUUUUCUCACGCCGAGAUUUCUGCGACUGCUCUAAUCUUACGACCUUAUAAGAAACGACGCUUAUUUUCACUCUGCUUGAGCUCUUCAUCGUGUCACACAGCACGAUCUUGGACGUCGUUUUAAGCGCAAAACAAAGGAAAAAGACUGACGUUUAUACAUACUAAAUACUGGUUUGGAGUUUUGCCUUUUGGACUCAGAAAACUCAAAAGAGAGAGAGAGACAUUUCUGUAUCUUAUCGGGUUUUGUGUUGUCAGAAAGAAGCUCAAGGACAAAAAAAAAAGCAAUUAUUUUUAGGGUUCAAACGAAGCAAAAUUUGGAACUUUCAGAAGUUGUGGGUGGUGGCUUCUUGAACAAUAAAGCUUUUUCUUAGACUCUUCUUCCAAUUUGUGACUCUACCUAUCUCUCUCUCCGUAAGCUCUUUCUCUCUCUCUUUAUUCGUUCUUUCUUUAUUUGCUCUGUUUCUUUACUCCAUUUUUGGCUUAAUUACACCAAAUUUAGUCUGCUAAAAGCUAAUUUCAAGCAUAAUUACUUAUCUCUCCUCUUCUUGUUGCUAACCUUCAGUUGGAUUAGGUUUUGAUUUCGUUUAUACGACAAUCCCCGUGACUGAAAAAGUUACCAACUUUGAUAGAUAUCGUUACCAGAUUCUACUCAUAGUUUUGUUAUUGUAAUGCAAGAAGUUGAGUUCUUGUUUACAUUAACUUCAAUAAUUCACUGAGAGUGACUUUUUGUUCUCCUCUGAUCCGUGGAGGAUUCUCUAUAUGUGUUUUGUUUUUUGGGGGGGUUUUCUCCUGUUUUUAGGGACUCUAUUGAUUCAUGCAUAUAUGAUGUUAUUCUCUGUUUAUGAGUUUAUGCAAAUAAUCUAAGCAAGGUAUGAUAACAUAUUUAAUCUUUUUGUUUGAGCUUAUAAUUGUGCUUAGAAAUCUUAAAAUAAUGCUUAAGCUGAUGUGAACUUGAGGCCUAGCCUCUGACCACAAAUCCUAGCCUACUUCGUUGACCAUACCUUUGUCUUGGCUUAAUAUUCUAAAUUUCUCUUCCAAAUCCUGUCUCCCAAUGCAUUGGUUGGUCCAAAACAAGAUCAUCAUUUCAUAGAUCUUGUAAUCUUUCUGGUCUGUAAUUUGCUCUAGGAUGGUAACCUUGUACCCUAUGUAACAUGUCUUGUUAGUAUAAAUUUUGGGUCAUGUUGUGUUGAUGACUCUUUAGCGCAUUUCUUAUUGACAAAAGGUAUGGAAUUCUCUAGAGACGCUGGAAUGAUGAUGGAGAAUAAGCGGAAUGUCUGCUCUCUCGGAGAAAGCAGUAUCAAACGCCACAAGUCUGAUCUCUCUUUCAGUUCCAAGGAGAGGAAGGACAAGGUUGGAGAACGUAUUUCAGCUCUUCAACAAAUAGUUUCCCCUUAUGGAAAGACCGACACUGCAUCAGUUCUUCUAGACGCGAUGCAUUACAUAGAGUUUCUUCACGAACAAGUGAAGGUCUGCAGUUCAAUACCAAGCAUGAUUCAUUCAUCUUUAUCUGAGUUCCCAUGUUCUUUUGUACAGGUGCUAAGUGCUCCGUAUCUGCAAACGGUACCUGAUGCUACGCAGGAGGAGCUGGAGCAGUACAGCCUGAGAAACAGAGGAUUAUGUCUUGUUCCAAUGGAGAAUACAGUUGGAGUUGCUCAAAGCAACGGCGCUGAUAUAUGGGCGCCCGUGAAGACUCCUCUAUCACCAGCUUUCAGUGUCACAUCUCAAUCACCCUUUAGAUGACCAAUUCGACUAAUCACCUACUACGAUCUUUGUGUUAAGCCUAAAAAAGAAUGACCAAUUGUUAUUUUUCUGAUGAUGCCUCUGUAACAUAUAUAGACAGAGAGCACAUGAUGUUGGUUUAGAACAGCUCAUGGUUGGCAAUGAUUGUUAUUAUUAUUCGACUGCUUAAUGCAUCCCCUUACUUUGGACUUGUGUAAUAUGCCCAAACAGGAACCAAAUGAUUUUAAUGCAAAGUAAUCUUUAUCCCAAAAAAUGCCUCAGAUA